CACGAGGGAAGGAAAGGGUGUUCCCUAUAAAAGCCACUGAGACUUUAUGUAGAAUUGAUACAUUUCUGGUUAUUCAUGGCGUGGACCAAGUAUCAGAUUUGCCUGGCAGUGAUGAUGCUGAUCACAGGGUCUAUCAAUACGCUGUCGGCUAAGUGGGCUGAUGGAUUUAGUGCCAAUGGUUGCAAUGGAUCACCAAAACAUCUGUUUGAUCAUCCUUUCCUUCAGGCAGUGGGAAUGUUUCUUGGAGAAGUCUCCUGUUUGGCUGUAUUCUACAUACUUGUAUGCCAUGAUCGAAGAAAACCAGAACCCCAAAUGGCUUCUGCAAAGAAAUUCAACUCUUUCAUUUUCCUACCCCCUGCACUAUGUGACAUGACAGCCACCAGUAUUAUGUAUAUUGCUUUAAACUUGACAAGUGCAUCCAGUUUCCAGAUGUUACGUGGAGCUGUUAUCGUCUUCACUGGCCUGCUCUCUGUUGCCUUCCUAGGCCGUCGUUUAAUAUCCAGUCAGUGGGUGGGGAUUUUUUUCACCAUCUGUGGCCUUGUGGUAGUGGGCCUGGCAGACUUUGUCAGUGGAAAUAAUGAUCAAGGCCACAAGUUAUCUCAAGUUAUAACUGGAGACCUCCUAAUUAUCAUUGCACAGAUCAUUGUGGCUAUCCAGAUGGUGCUGGAAGAGAAAUUUGUUUAUAAGCAUGAUGUACACCCACUUCGAGCUGUAGGUACUGAAGGAAUGUUUGGCUUCAUCAUCCUAACUGCACUGCUGAUUCCAAUGUACUAUAUCCCUGUGGGCCAAUUCAGUGGCAAUCCCAGAGGUGUCCUCGAAGAUGCAUUGGAUGCUUUCUGUCAAAUAGGUCUAAAGCCACUAAUCUUUGUCGCCCUCUUGGGAAACAUCUUGAGCAUUGCAUUCUUUAACUUUGCUGGUAUUAGUGUCACAAAAGAAAUCAGUGCAACCACACGCAUGGUUCUGGACAGUCUGAGGACAAUGGUAAUCUGGAUAGUGAGUCUUGCUGUGGGUUGGGAACAGUUCCAUGGCCUCCAAAUUCUAGGCUUUGUCAUCUUGCUGUUAGGUGCAGCACUCUACAAUGGCUUUCAUAAGCCAGUCCUAGCAAAGCUUCCCUGGUACAGGGAGCGAGUGGAGGAAGAGUAUGAAAGGGAACGAUUAUUGGCUGAAAACAAGGACUCCAUUAAUGUCAGCCCAUGAAACCAAUGCUUUAAAGUUGCUCAUGGUUUUCCUCCUAAAUGGAACUUAACUUGUUUUCCAAUUGAAGCAGAUCCACCUAAAUUCCUUAACCUGUUUAAUGGUGCUGCAAGACUGUACACUAUCUUUGAAUAUUAUGUACAAUUGUUUCUCAGUACCAUGAGCCAGGCAGAUGUGCUGAAACCUUUGGGCAACUUGCAUGGUCCUGAAAUGUCUGAGACUUGCAUCUGUUGUAACUGGCAUUGGUUACUGACAGCUUCAGUGAGAAGUAUGAGAUUACAAAUGGGAGGAAACGAUGACCUACCUUGAUUUCCUAUUUUGUCCUAGGUGAAAUCUCUUGGAUUCUGCAGCUGGCUGUAGUUCAGGCUCAGUGUUGGGUUUUCUCAGUUGGAGCGCUCCUCCUUGGGUUUGCAGAUUUGCCAAGUGAGGCAGCCAAACUGCUAACGCCCCCAUUUCACCCCUUUGCCUGUCUUGCAGUGAUUGUCCUUCCCACUCCCCCAACUUCUUCCUCUUUGUUAUGCUGAUCUGUAUUGAACAGAUCUUAAGUUUAAUGAGUGUAACUUUUUAAACUGUGCUUUUGAUCAUUGUACAGAAUUAUUUUUAAAUCCUUUGAGUAUUCCAUGAUUAAAAUAAGUUGAUUUCUGGGCAUUCUCCAUGUAAUUCCAAGGAAGUAAUUUAUUUUGCUUUGUAAUAUGAAAUGAAAAUGUGUAUAUAGUUAAAUCUAGUGCUUCAAAAAAUAAACCACUAUUCUAGAUCUUUCAGUGCA